AUGUUUGGAAGGGGGUCUCUGAGGAUCAAUUUGAUGAAAGCUGUAGCAGUCCAAAGAAAGCCUUCUCCAAAGAUUUCAAGCACACAAAAGAGAAAACCAUCACCUAAAGUUGAUCAUUCUAGAGCGUGUUGGAAUGUGGGACUUGAAAAGGCUUUGAUUGACCUUCAUGAGCACAACAAUGAAUGUUAUAGGGGACAGAAUGGGUGGUCAACAGAAGCAUGGAACAAAAUUGUCAAAUUAUUCCAUGAGAAGUUCCCGUAUGCCAAUUUUACAAAGGUUCAAAUCCAAGACAAAGACAGAGAGUUAAAGAGGGAAUACAGAGUUCUAAAAGAAGCAAGAAAACAAAGUGGUGCACAUUGGAAUGGAAAGCUGUGCAGGAUUGAGGGAGAUGAAGCUGUUUGGAACAACAUUAUUACUUCCCAUCCUAAGGCCAAGAGAUUUCGGAAUAAAUCUUUCCCAUUGUUUGAGUCUUUAGGAGAGCUAUAUGAUGGACAAACUGCUGAGGGAACCUUAAACUUUACCUCCAUAGCCCCUUCCCAAGUUCCUGUCACACAGCCUUAUCAAGGGGGUAUCACACAACCUUCUUCCCAAAUUCCUGUCACACAGCCUUCUCAAGGUGGUAUCACACACACACAACCUUCUUCCAAAGUUCCUGUCACACAGCCUUAUGAAGCAGAAAGGGCAAGAACUAAUGCGCAUGAGUUCCCCAUCCAAGCGUGCAUUGCUGUUGUGGACAACAUGGAAGAUCUAUCAGAUGAUGAGAAGGUCGAGGCUUCUGAUGUCUUCAAAGAUCCACGAAACAGGGUCAUUUUCAUGACCGCGAAAGACUCUACACGACUCAAGUGGUUAAGGAAGAAGAUUAGAACAGCGUAA